AUGGAGGAUGACUCCGAGACGUGGGAUCUUGAUAUCCCCUUCCAGGACGCCAACGAUGACAAUGCCGACUGGAAGCGUGUCAAGAACCUCCCUGGCGAGCUGCACCGUGAGAACGUCGUGGGCGACAAAGCUAGCUCCCGGGUCAAGGGCCGCCUCAUCGCCGUCGUCCAUGGCUACAAAACGAAUGGGCGUGGUGAGCCGCGGACCCUGGUUGUCUUCGAGUGGCUAUUAUCGUCGCCGGCCGGCUCGCACCGCCUCGAGAAUGUCGAGAUUGAAGUCCGCUUCCUAGCCGAGGGCCGCCGUGCGCACAUGGCUCCAGGCGAGACGCUGGCGAUGUGGCAUCCUUGGCCCGUGGAAGUUGCCCCGAGUGACCCCGUCACGUCCCAGGAGGCCGUGGUUGCCGUCAGCCGGACCAGGGCCAACGAGCUUGGAAUCAAGGCGGGCUAUGCUCCCUUCUUCGACGUCUCGGCGAAGACGAGCCCAAGCAAGACGCUCAACUACAAGAUGAUCGACUACCGUUGCAUAAAGGGCAGCACACACUUUUGGGCCAAAAACAGCGGCAAGCACAACGCCGUGCUUUGGGAAAUCUCGGAGAAUGCCUCGCUGCAGAGCGGCGUCCCGUACCGCCUUCGCACGGCUGUCAUGCUCGCGCGGAACAUUGGCGACCGCGACAAGUUUUCGGCCACUGUCGUCACGCGCACCAACGUCUGGCCCAUCCAGCGGGUCGUCGAGGAGCCGCUGCGUGCGGUAGGCAUUGCGCGCCUGGACGAUCCGAUCUACUUUGACCCAACAGUCGUGCCUGCCCUAAAGAAGAAGACUGCGGCACUUGAUGAUGACGACAUCCAGCCCGCGGACAUUGCUGCCAGGCGCACGCGACAUAAUGCAGCGGAGCUCGGCUCCGUCAAUAUUUUCGAGGAAUUGAUCAAGGAUCCGUUGGACAAGACAGUGGCCCCCGACCCUGAUGCCGGAGAGGGAACCGACGGUGAUAGUGAGGUCGCAGGGCGAGAUGCCGUGGCGAGUAGCUCAUCUGUGGAGUUGUCUCUUGGGCUUGGAUGA